AUGGCAAAUGAUUGCAUUGGUCCAGACGUUGAGAAGAUGGUUCAUGAAAUACUACCAGGAGGGGUUCUGCUAUUGGAAAAUUUGAGAUUCCAUAGAGAAGAAGUCAGGAAUGAAACCGGGUUUGUAAUUAAGCUAGCGUCUCUUGCAGAUUUGUAUGUCAAUGAUUCCUUUAGGACUGCACGCGGAUCGUAUGCUUCCACAGUAGGGGUUCCUCAGUACUUGAAACCAGCAGUUGCUGGACUCCUUAUGGAAAAGUUGUUGCUGACCGCAAAACUUGAUGCUUUUAGGAACUUCGCUAUCUUUCUAUAG